AUGGCAAAAAGAAUCAUGACAAUGAGCGAGCCUGGCAUCAAACUCCCGCCGGAGUUUGUGACAUACUUCUACACACAAACACUUGAUCAUUUCAAUUACAAGCCAGAGAGCAAUGCCACAUUCCAACAAAGAUACAUAAUGAAUAACAAGUACUGGGGCGGGCCGAAUGCUAGUUCGCCCAUCUUUGUCUAUACAGGUGAUGAAGCCAGUAUAACUGGUAUUGCGGCUUUUGCUGGAUUCAUUGUUGAUCUUGCUUCUCGUUUCAAUGGCCUUUUGUUGUAUAUAGAGCAUCGCUACUAUGGAGAUUCAGUGCCAUUUGGGUCCAAAGAAGAAGCUUUUCAAAAUACCAGUACACUUGGAUUCUUCAGCUCAACACAAGCUUUGGCAGAUUAUGCACAGCUGAUUAUAGAUUUUAAGAAGAACAUCUCAGCUGAAAGUUGCCCAGUUAUUGCCGUUGGGGGGUCUUAUGGUGGAAUGCUUGCAUCAUGGUUUCGUCUAAAAUACCCACAUAUUACCAUUGGUGCUUUGGCUUCUUCCGCUCCAAUACUCUAUUUCGAUGACAUUACACCACAAAACGGGUACCAUGUCGUUGCCACUAAGGAUUUUAGAGAUACCAGUGAGAGUUGCUACAAUACAAUAAGACAAUCUUGGUCUGAAAUUGACAAAGUUGCAGCUCAACCAAAUGGGCUUCAGAAUCUUACCAGUAUUUUUAGUACUUGCGGGUGA